CUUUAACAGACUCUGUUUUGUGUCCCUGUAAUCUUCAGAUUGCUGUUUCCAUUUGGAAAAUGAGUCACAGUCGUGGGCGUAGUUUUGUUGAGGUUAUUUGUGAGAAGUACAGCCCAGAAAAUUUUCCAUAUCGACGAGGAAUGGGCAUUGGCAUCCACAUCUCUGCAGGGCCACAGGGCUCACCUUUGAAAGCACGUCUGAAUCUCCCAACUAUCCUCGUGCUGGAUGGUUGUGGAAUUACAACUGCUGGAAAGGAAAGUGAUAUUGCUGCCUUCUGCUCGCAUGUCUCUGAACUCGACCUGUCUGAUAAUAAUCUACAAGACUGGUACGAGAUCAGCAAAAUUGUAUCAAAUCUUGCCAAGCUAACAUUUCUGAACCUCACCUCGAAUCCUCUGACUGAGGCCAGUUUAGAUUCAGCUUGUGCUGCCUCAUUCUCCCAAAUACAGAGACUCGUCCUCAACAACACCAAAGUUUCAUGGGAAACUGUUCACACUUUGCUGCAGGAGUUAUCAGGGUUAGAGGAGCUCUUCCUGUGCUUUAAUGACUACAGGGCAGUAUCACUGUCGUCCUGCUCCUACCCAUCACUUCGACUCCUACAUAUUACUGAUAAUAAUCUCACUGACUGGGCAGAAGUACACAAACUUGGACAAAUGUUCCCAGGCUUGGACACAUUAAUCCUGGCAAACAACAACCUGACCAGCAUCACAGAUUCUCAGGGAACUCUGGCACGACUUUUCCAAAACCUACGAUCAAUUAAUCUUCAUAACUCAGGACUAAGCUCAUGGGAUGACAUUGAUAAACUCAAAGCAUUCCCUAAAUUGGAAGAAGUGAGGCUUCUAGGAAUUCCUUUGCUCCAGAGCUAUUCAGAGGAGGAACGACGCAAACUCAUCAUAGCUAGGUUGCCAUCUGUUACAGUGUUAAAUGGCAGCAAAGUUGCUGGCGAGAGGAUAGAUGCUGAACGGUUUUUCAUACGUUACCAUAUAAACCACCCAGAUGAAGAAUUACCAGACAGAUACCACGAACUGGUAACACAGUAUGGUGUACUGGAACCAUUGGCAGUGGUCGACCUUCGACCCCAGAGCCGUGCAAAGGUUGAGGUUCACUUUGAAGGUAAAGUUGAGGUCAUGAAUAUUCGUCUCGAUCAGACAGUGGCUGAUCUGAAGAAGCAACUUCGAACUGUCGUACAGUUACCGGCCAAUAAUAUGCGCCUGUACUACAUUGAUCAAGACAUGGUAAAGACUUUUGGACCAGAAGAAAUGAAAUUCAGCACACGAGCUCUCCACUCAUUUAGUAUUCGAGACGGAGAUGAGAUUCAUGUAGAACCCAAAACAAAAUACUGUGAUGCCAUUGCUGCUGCUGAAACUGCCACCUCUCUGAUCUCCCCCGGUGCCUCGGGAAUAUGCCCAGGCAAGAUCCACUUACAUGCCAAGCCAAGACACUGCCAUGAGCCGCUGAUAGACCAGCCGAGAUACUGCCGAGAGACCAGUUGUCUGGAACAGGGUGUCUCUAAGACCUCGCAGGCUCCUCAACCAGUGUACACAAUACUAAUUUACCUAGGAAAGGAUUACACAGCACAGGUCUGCAUGUUGUGUUUAGAGUUACUGUAUCAAUUUGGAACCAGGAACUCAGACAGUGAAACUCCAAAGGUCGAUGAUGGCGGAUCUCCAGAAAUUCCUCUAUCAAUCACUUUCCCAUUUUUUGCAAUGGGACAGAGGUCACUUCAUGUGAAUAACAAUGGUGUGAUAUCCUUCAAUGUACAAGUCAGCCAGUUCACCCCUGAAGCAUUCCCUCUCUCUGAUGGGCGUUCCUUCAUUGCUCCUUUUUGGGCGGAUGUUCAUAAUGGAAUCAAGGGGAAUGUGUAUUACAGAGAGAGCACUGAUCCCAGUAUGCUGCAAAGAGCUACGAAGGAUAUCAGGAAGAGCUUCAAGGACCAGACCUCCUUCUCAGCUACUUGGGUGUUCAUUGCCACCUGGUACAAAGUCACCUUCUAUGGAGGCAGCUCCACAACACCGAUGAAUACCUUUCAGUGUGUGCUGAUCACAGAUGAAAGAACAUCAUUUGCCAUGUUCAACUAUGCUGAUAUUUACUGGACGACGGGGACUGCAAGUGGAGGAGACCCAUUAACUGGAGUUGGAGGCUCAGCAGCACAGGCAGGAUUCAAUGGUGGGGAUAACAGUCACUUUUUCAGUUUGCCCACAUCUCGAACCUCUGAGAUGAUGAACAUUGAAGAGACAAGUAACGUAAACUUCCCAGGACGCUGGAUUUUUAGAAUAGAUGGAGAUACAAUUGAUCCAUCAAAUGGUUGCAGCCUGAAUGGGCAGUUUUUCCGCCGUGGGGAUGUGUUCUGGACCGAGGAGAAAUGCCAGACCAAAUGCCGCUGCCUUGACCUGGAGAACCGGCUCCUGUGCCAGAACCUGUCGUGCGGCCAGUUCGAGCAGUGUCACUCUGUCGAUGGUAUUUACCGCUGCGUUCCCGAGCAGACAGCCUCCUGUGUGGUUUUUGGAGACCCUCACUAUCACACCUUCGACGGAUUCCUCUUCCAUUUUCAGGGAACUUGCUCCUAUGUCCUAUCCAGGCCAUGUCAGCAGAGGGGCCAUCUCCCCGGCUUCAGCAUCGAGUCCACCAACGAGAACCGCGCAGGAAGCGCCGUCUCUUGGCUUCGGAGCAUCAAAGUGAAGGUCUAUUCACACAGCAUCGUCAUUCCCCGGGGAAACGGCGGCCAAGUGCUGGUAGACAGUGUCCGGCUGACUUUGCCUGUGCAGUUGCAGAUGGGGGCGGUGAAGGUUUUCCGCAGCGGCCUGGCCACUGCCCUGGAGACGGAUUUCGGUUUGUUCCUGACCUUUGACGGGGAACAUUACGCAUCGAUCUCGGUGCCCAGCUCCUACCGGAACAACACCUGCGGCCUGUGCGGCAACUUCAACAACUAUCCCGGAGACGACAACCUGCUCCCGGGGGGAAUGCCCUCGGAAUCAGUGGCAGAGCUGGGCAGUUCUGGCAGGUUCUGCCAUCACGGCUGUGCCCCGAACUGCAGCAGCUGUAGCCCGCAUUCCGAGUCUACCUUCUCCACCAACCAAUACUGCGGCCUCAUCAACCAAACCGAUGGACCUUUCCGGGACUGUCGCACUCUGCUGGACCCGAGCAGCUUCAUCAGCAGCUGUGUGUAUGACCUGUGUGCCAACGCAGACAACUUCAGCAACAUCCUGUGCCAGGCCAUUCAGGCCUAUGCCCUCAGCUGCCAGGUCGCAGGGAUCACCAUCGGCCGCUGGAGAACCCACACUUUCUGCGCCUUACCCUGCCCAGAGCGGAGCCACUAUGAGGUGUGUACCAGCAGCUGUCCAGCUACCUGCACUGACCUGAUUUCUCCUUUGUACUGUACCAGGCCCUGCACCGAGGGUUGUCAGUGUGAUGCAGGCUAUGUACUCAGUGGUAGUAACUGUGUUCCACUUGAAGAGUGUGGCUGUGAAUUCCAUGAGCGAUAUUAUUCCUUCAAAACAAAGUUCUGGGCAAAUGAUGACUGCACCCUACAGUGCCUGUGUGAGGGUCCUGGGGAGGUGCUCUGUAUAAAUGAAACUUGCUCAAAAGGAGAAUUCUGUCUUGUGGAGAAUGGGAUCCGAGGGUGCUAUCCCAAGAGAGCAGCUGUGUGUACAGUCUCACGCAAUAACAGGGUACAAACAUUCGAUGGUGCUUCGUUUGAUUUCCGGGAUGAAUAUGCGUACACCCUGCUCAAAAUCUGUGGCUCAAACAGUUACAAUCUGUCUCAUUUCGAAAUCAAACUAGGAAGAAAGAAAAUGGUUAAUGGUUCUUGGAUAAAAUCACUGACUAUAAAAUUCCCUGAUCAUGAAAUAAAGAUUGGAGACAGUGAAAACAUCAUCAAGGUCAAUGCCUUUGCGAUUUCUUUGCCGUUUAUGCAUUCAUCUGGAAAAUUGAAGAUCUACAGAAAUGGAAAUGAUACCAUGGUGGAAUUAAACAACAGUUUCCAAAUCCUGUAUUCGAGUGAGGAUCGUGUGAAUUUAACACUGUCCACUGCCUACUACAACAACACCUGUGGACUCUGUGGAUACUUUAAUGGUAAUCCCACAGAUGACUUCCGUAAAGCCAAUGGAAAGGUGACAGAAAAUGCUGCAGAAUUUGUGGAUAAUUGGAAGACAUUUGCUGAUGAUAUGACAUGCAACGGCCAGUGUGAGGAGCUGUACAUUGUGUGUACAAAUGAGGAUUUAAUUUUGUAUCAAGGAAUUUCUCUAUGUGGAAUAAUCAAUGAUCCCACUAACAGCUCCUUCCUCAACUGUCAUGAAGCUGUCAAUCCUUCUCCCUUUUUCAGAAGUUGCCUGUAUUCUAUGUGUUUAAAUGGUGGGAACAUAACAGCCCUUUGCAGCUCCCUGCAGGCAUAUGCAGAUGCUUGCCUUGGUGCCGAGGUCACACAAGCUAACUGGGGAAGUAGCACGUUUUGCCCUCUUCCAUGUCCUGACCAUAGCCACUUUGCCGAAUGCACCUCCGCCUGUCCAAUGACUUGUGUCUCCCUGGAGCAGGAUGUGGAUUGUACGCUGCCUUGUGUGGAGGGCUGUCAGUGUGACCAGGGUUUUGUCCUAAAAGACGGUCACUGUAUUCCAAAGAGCCACUGCGGCUGUAUCUACGAAGGUUUGGAGGUCAGGACCAAUGAAACUUUCUGGUUGGACAGAGACUGUCAAACUCGCUGCUACUGCAAUGGCUCUGACAAUGCGGUAUAUUGUGAGAGCGCCUCCUGUCGUCUUGAUGAGUUUUGCUCUGGUGGACCUGACCUCUUUUCCUGCCUUCCCCGCACAGAGGCUGUUUGCAUCGUGUCCGGUUACAGCCACUUGUACACCUUUGACACUCUGGCCUAUGAUCUGCAAAGUACCUGCUCCCACAUCGUCAGCACUGUGUCCCCCAGCUCCCCACAUCUGCCCCACUUCCUGGUCCAAGCUGAGAAUGAAGACCGCAACACAUCAUUGGCUCUGUGGCUUCAUCAAGUCGAGGUGAAGGUGUACAGCUACAGUAUCACCGCUUCCAAAGCCUACAAACACACAGUGAUGGUGAACAAGGAGCGGGUUAAUCUGCCCCUCAGACUGGGUCAUGGCGAGGUCAAUCUCUACUCGUUCAGUUUCUACCUGAUUCUGGAAACGGAUUUUGGUCUCAAGGUGAUUUAUGACUGGAACACGUUCCUAACGGUGACCGUCCCCAGGAUCUUCUUCAAUUCCACGCGGGGUCUGUGUGGCCAGUUCAAUGGAGAUCCGGCUGAUGAUCUCCAGACUGCCGACGGCGAGAUCGCGGGAGAUCUGCUGGAGUUUGCAGAGAGCUGGAUGGUGGCGAGGACUGCGUUUUGUGAGCUGGGCUGUGACCGGGUUUGCCCCUCUUGUGAGCAGGUACUCAAUCUCCCUGUGGAUGUGCUGCAACUCUGUGCCCUCAUUGUGUCCAAAGACAAUGUCUUCAGCCGCUGUCACGCGAAGGUGAAUCCCACUUUCUUUUACCACAAUUGUAUUUUCGACACGUGCAUCGACCGUGGAGACCGGCAAACCGCCUGUAACUGGCUUCAGAGCUAUGGCAGCAGCUGCCAGGCUCAGGGAAUUGUUCUGGCCGGCUGGAGAAACCUGACCAUGUGCAUGAUCAACUGUCCUGCAAACAGUCACUAUGAGAGCUGUAUGUCUGUGUGCCAACCGGGGUGUGGCACCAUCAAAACUCACCAGGACUGCAGUCGUUAUUGUGUGGAGGGCUGUCAGUGUAACGAUGGCUUCCUGCUCAAUGGCAGAACGUGCAUCCUGCCCCAGGACUGCGGCUGCUUGGCAGAUGAUAAUUACUAUGAGCCAGGGCAGUUUUUCUGGAACACUAACUGCUCCAAACACUGUCGCUGCAUGGGACGCAAUAUGGUCCAGUGUGAUUCACGCCAAUGCAAGAAUGAGGAAUCAUGUUUAAUCCGCAAUGGAAUCAGAGGCUGCUACAGUAAGAAAGACUCUUCUUGCAUCGCUGCUGGGGGAGGCAUAUUCCAGACCUUUGACGGGGCAUUCCUGCGAUUUCCUGCUGCCUGUUCAUUUGUCCUCUCCACAAUUUGUCACAAACUUCCAGACAUAUCCUUUCAACUGAUUGUAAAUUUUGACAAAUGGAGUUCACCCAACAUGACUGUGAUCUCCCCUGUUUACCUGUAUAUCAAUGAAGAACAGAUUCUCAUCUCAGGCAACAAUGUGCAGGUGAAUGGAACCAUUGUUACAAUUCCUGUUGCCACAGGACUAACAAAGAUCUCGACUGCUGAGGGAUUUCUAAUCAUUGAUACUGUUCAAGGUAUUCAGAUCCAAUACAACUGGUUUAAUUUGCUGUCUAUCAGAAUGGGGGAACGUCUACAAAACAAGGUGUGUGGUCUUUGUGGAAAUUUUAAUGGAAACCCCAGUGAUGAUGAUUUAAGUUCUCGAGGAAAACCAGCACAAACUGUCUUGGAAUUGGCAAAGAGUUGGAAAACCAAUGGCAUGCAGAACAGUUGUGAUGAAGAUCAAUACACUGCAUUAUCACUCACUUGUGAUAAUCAGGACAUCAUCCAGUUACAGAACGAAGGAAGGUGCCUGAAACUCACUGAAAUGAAGGGAUUCUUCCAGCCGUGUUAUGGCUUCAUCAACCCAAUGCCAUUUUACACAUCCUGUGGAUUAGAUACUUGUUACUGGGAUGAAAGAUCACAAAUCUGCAGCUCACUGGCAGCAUACGGAGAAGCAUGUCGUUUGAGGGGGAUCCUGAGCACUGACUGGAUUCGGCAGGAAAACUGCUCAGAAUUGAUUGAGGAUCCAUGUGCUGGAGGCAUUUGUACCAACUACAGUUUAUGCCGACAGGGUAAUGGUGAUCUCUGUGGCUGCCCAGAAGAGCCAAGCCCAUACAGUGAUGAUAUUGUCCAGGCAGACGUGGUGUGUAAAUAUUCACAGAUGGACGUUUAUAUUUCCAAAUGUCAACUUUAUCAGUUGGGCUUUGAGCGUGAAGAUGUUCGAAUUAAUGAUAUACGCUGUAUGGGGUCGGAAGGAGAUGAUUUUAUUGCAUUUCACAUCAAUAAUACCAACCACAACUGUGGCAAUAUUGUGAAAACAAAUGAGACGCAUAUCAUGUACAUAAAUACGGUCUGGAUCGAAAGUCUGAACAACACAGACAAUGUCAUUACUCGUGAUAGAGUCAUUAAUGUUGAGUUCUCCUGUGCCUACGAACUUGACCUGAAAGUUUCUCUUGAAACUGUUGUGAGGCCAAUGCUGAGUGUUGUCAACCUCACUCUUCCCACCAAAGAAGGUAGUUUCAUCACCAAAAUGGCUCUGUAUAAAAAUUCAUCUUACAAGUUUCCAUAUCGAGAGGGCGAGGUGACACUCACAACUCGGGAUGUCCUGUAUAUUGGAGUGUUUGUCGAGGGAGCAGAUGCCACUCACUUAAUUCUGAUCAUCAACCGGUGCUGGGCCACUCCAUCCCGGAAUCCAAAGGAUCGACUACGCUACAUGAUAAUAGAGCAAGGAUGUCCAAACUCAAAGGACAACACUAUCGAGAUGGAGGAGAAUGGAGUGUCUCUCACCUGCCGUUUCCACCUAGUUGUUUUCAAGUUUAUCGGUGAUUAUGAGGAGGUCCAUCUGCACUGUGACGUGACACUGUGUAACUCCGAUACAAAUAACUGCAGAGUUACUUGUCCAACAAACAGCAGGAGGCUCUCCAAUGACGACUGGCUACGAACAAAACAGCAGAUUCUGUCUGUUGGACCCAUCAGGAAAAGAGCAGCUGAUUGGUGUGAGACGGACAACGGUGGCUGUGAACAGAUUUGUACGAGUCAGGUGGAGCACGCAGUCUGCAGUUGUACCACUGGAUUUCUGCACUGGGAUGGCAAACACUGUCAAGCUUUAAGUGCUUGUAGUGAGCCAGCGAUUCUCCCCACACUUCUAGUGAUGACACAGCUGUUUGGCUGGGUACUGAUAAACACACCAAACCUGAAACUGUAACAACAGUGAAGACAGAAGCAAUCACUUUGGGAACAGGAGUACAGUGGCAUUGAUCAGAAUUUAAGAAGCAACGCAUUUUUGUACUGUUGGGGAAUUUAUGUUGAAUUAACUUUGUUUUAUUUAAGUAUUAGUACUAUAGUGAAGGAUCAUAAGGUCUGGAUUUUGUGAUUAAUUUAGAGGCAUGAGAACUCAAUCCUUUAGCUGGAGGUAGUCUGAACUGUUCUUAGUUUUAAGAUUUCAGCCUUUUGCUGAGUGUAGG